GCAUGUAGCAGUGAAGCAAUUUGCGUGCAGCCAUCAACACGUUAAUGUGGCAAUAUUACCAACGUGGUUGCGACUUGUUCAUCAUACAUAAUGUAUAAACUAUGGAAUAAUAACGGCCAAAAAGACGCAAUUUGUAGAAGCAGAAAACUGUAAUCCAGUAAUGAUGGGUAGAUGUGUAGUUUUGUGGACACUUGUGUGAGUAUCAUGUGUGUAGAUGUUUAUGGUGAGACAACCCUUGCAGUACCAACCUACGUGGAAAUGACGGGAGAUCCUCAAUAUCAAGAUAUAUUGUCUUGUGACGAGCGCAUCCUAUAUGCACACUGAUUGCGAGGUGGCGUCCAUAGAAGAAGCUUACUCCAGAAAUGAACUAGCAAUGAUAUGAUGAUAUUUGGUCGUCUGUGGGCAGUACUAGCCAUGUUGUGUACCAGUAGAUGGGUUCUGCUUGCAUCAACCACGGACUUAUACCCGAAUCCACAGAAGGAUCUUUACCGAUGUGGACAGAGAGGGCGUACGUCUUGGAUUUGUGAUCCGGAUCAAAUCUUGCCAUUUAAAGAAGCUAUUGAAGUGAACAAUACCCUGACUGAUAUACGACAAGAAACCAAGUGUGCCUGCGCCAACCAAGCCCUAUGUACCAAUGGUACUGGGCCUGGAUACAGAGUGGCAGUAGCUGUCAUGUCAUUCAUACCAACAACUCGAUCGCAGAAAAUCACUGCGAAGAGCUAUGCAACGUUUCUCAGGGAACAGGAAUGGAAGUAUGGUAGCUGUGACGACGAUGUGGUGAUCGUUGUCUCCAAACUAGAAAAAAAGGUUGCCGUAUCUAUUGGGGACAAUGCUGCUAAGAUGCUGUCAGCUGAUGUAAUGAAAGAUAUUUUAAGUGACACAAAUGAAUACUUCCAAAAAGAGAACUUUUCAGACGGCUUGCUGGAGUUUAUUGGCCUAAUGAAAUUAGCAUUUGAUAACGACUACAAGCACAUACCUCCGUUUCCUGUUUGGACCGUAGUUCAGAUGGCAAUGGCUACACUAUUUGUUCUCAUUUGUUUCUUUAGCAUGUACAUUUGUAGGAAACUUUAUUCGUAGGUUUUGUUUCCACGUUCGGUGCUGAAAGAGACUUCUUUUACGAAGAAAACUGACCAUAAUAAAUGUCGUGGUGGACGACCUCUCGUGUACGGAUAUUGCUGCAGUGCUUAUAUAGUAUAAUGUCGUCUCACGGCCUCCGUAGUUGCUUGACCAUUCUCACAUCGUUGUACAAUGUAGAUGCAAUGUCGACAGCACGCAACAAACCAAAUAAUGUCUAUCUGGAGCCAGCGGAUCGCUUCAAGUCGCACCAUUGCUUGGCGACCAAUGCAUAGUAUACACCCUGACCACACGCUGAGAAAUCCACAUGUACAACUAUAUAUUGUUUUCUGUGAACACCUUUUCUGGUAAAGACUUAUUUUUGAAAUCGUCAACAAAGUAUAUAAAGGCAUCUUUUGCUGAUUUCCAGGCCGCGUGUUUGUGCUUAUGCAGUGUUGAGGAAUGAACGUCGGGUGUUCAACGCCGUCUGAUUUUAUCCUGCUCCAAACGCCACUUGUGGGGAUUAUUAGAGGCAUUGGACACUAUUGGUAAUUACUCAAACUAAUUGUGAGCAUAAAAACUUUCUUGGUAGGAGCAUUGUGAGAAACGGCUCCCUCUGAAAGAGAACUUUUCAUCACUCAAUAUUGUGAAAAGACUUCAGGCCUGUAGCUUUUCAUUAGCCGUC